GCUCUAUUGAAUAUUGUCAAGAUUUGGUUACCAACUAUUUAACCAAGAAUUCUUGAUCCUCAUUUUGUCAAUUGUUUGGCAAAAAUCUACGAGGGAGAUGGGAUAGCUCGUAUCUAGAUCCAAUUUUUUUGGUAAGAACUUAAAUUAACAUAGGCUGCCAUUUUUAGGUAUGCUUGUUCUAGGGCACGGACCAAACAAGCCCCAAACUUGCGAUGUUGGACUCAACAUUUCACAUCCUUUUAAUUUUUUCCUUCUAUUCCUAUUAGCUAAAUUCACGUGUGUUGCUAUGAAACUAAAAGUAUAUUGGAUUAUGUGAAUUGUUCAAAUACUUGUGCUUGUAUUUCUUAAUUUUCUACUAAAUAACAAUUAUCUCAAAAUAUAUUAGUCAACUAUAAUUCAAAGAUCAUGAUAUGAUAUCUACGAACCACAUAGAAUAGAUGUCAUUUAAUGUGAUGUGCUAGCACUUUACAUAAUAGCCACGGCGUAGUCAAGUGAUGACCUCUCACACAGAUUUUUGUAAGAGUAAAGGUUUUCCCAUCUCAUUAAUCAAUUUUAUUUUAAUAGUUGUUCACAAAUAGAUUAGUAUAAAAUAAAUUAAGCAUAACACAAUCCCGCAUUUGUGGACCAAACCCUAAAGGUUAAAAGGCUUGGAAAACGUGAGGUCAAGUACUCCCUCUGUCCGGUAUUAAGUGUCGCAACUUUGUCUAGAUACGCACUUCAUACCGGACGGAUGAGUAAUUGAUUUUGCUAUCAACAAAGUAAUUCCUCGUAAUAUAAAUUGUGCUAUAAUUAUUAGGGCCAUGUGAAACUAUUUUUGCCCCUCCCUGACUCAUAAUAUAAGGUGUAUCAUACUUCGUUAAGCCUAUGAUUUGAUUGGUAGUUACUCUAUUAAGUACAUGGUUUUAUAUGAUAUGAAAUCAAAAUAAUCCUUAAGUACUUUCUAAAUAAAUCUAAUAUGAAAUGAGAAUCAUCCUCAAGUACUUUUGAAAACAAAUCUAGCGACUACAAAUUUCAUUUCAUAUACACCACACGUUAACAAUGUAAAAAGAAAGAGACCUUUUUCUAGAAGUCUUCACAAAACACCGAAACGGAGUAGUACGGUUCUCCGUUUAUAUUAUAAACAAGGUUACAAGUCUAUAGUCUUUCAGAAAUGCCCUACUAAUUUUUCCUCAAGUAUAAUUUUUUUUCUGAAAUCCGUACGCUGACAUAUAAAAAUGUCACAAACAUGUUCGCGAUGUGUGUGUGACCGUACGGCGAUGAAGGUUGACAUCUCUAAAAAAAAAAGAAAAAAAGGAAAAGAAAAGGAAUGAAAGCAGCAUCGCUCAAACAUGCACGGACGACAGAGUCUGUUGGGGACAUUCGAAUGGAGUUUGACCGGAGUCUUGGUCGAAAACCAGGCGCGAAGAAGAGGUAGUGGGGCGUCUCAGGGCAGGGAGGAGGAACAGAGCCCAAAGACACGCACGCACACAUGCAGCAGAUGAAUAUAUGGCAGUUGCCCAGUCGCCCCAGCCAUCGCCUCCAGUUAAUCAAGGUGCUCCACAGAACUGCCGCCGCGGGAAGAGCUCCGGAUCGCCCUAAACUUAGCCAGAUCUCCCAGACCCCUAUAAGAAUUCACUCGUAAUCCCCCGAUCAAUUGUUGAGUUGAUCACUCAUGCAGUGCUGUGCACCGAUCAAAUAUCGCCCCCUCGCAUAUGCUCUGGCGCAAGACUGACAGCUGCUAGCGGAUUAUUCACCACAUUGUUAAUUUGUCGCCGGAUGCAAGGAGAAUAAAAGGAUCGAUCGAUCUUGAGGAAGGAGGAGGAAGAAGAAGAAAGGGGAGGGAUUUAUCGAAGAAGGCUUUUUAUAUAUGCGCUAGAUCGAGAGCCUGGGAUUCGCCGGCGGCCGGUUCGUGUUGAGGAGCUAGCUAGCUUUAGCUAGGCGGCCGGGAGAGCCAUGGAGGCGCGGCCGCGGCUUCUGCUCGUCGUCGUCGUCGCUGCCGCCAUCGUCUCGCUCUGCGGCGCGGUGGCGGCGGAGAACGUGACGGUGGCGCAACUGGUGCCGAUGUCGUCCUACUACCAUGGGGCGCCGGCGCCGACCACCUUCAACGCCAAGAACUACGGCGCCAAAGGAAACGGCGUCAACGACGACACCAAGCCGCUGAUGGCGGCGUGGAAGGCGGCGUGCGGUGCGGCGGGCACGGUGACGCUGGUGAUCCCGGCGGGGACGUACUACAUCGGGCCGACCCAGUUCCACGGGCCCUGCAAGUGCGCCGCCAUCACCUUCAUGCUCCAGGGGACGCUCAAGGCGGCGACUGACCUGAAGCGGUUCGGCAACGACUGGAUCGAGUUCGGUUGGGUGAACCACCUGACGGUGGCCGGCCAGAACGGCAUCAUCGACGGCCAGGGCGCCGCCUCCUGGCCCUUCAACAAGUGCCCCAUCCGCAAGGACUGCAAAGUCCUCCCCACCAGCGUGCUGUUCGUCAACAACCAGAACACGGUGGUCAAGGACAUCCAGUCGGUGAACAGCAAGUUCUUCCACAUCGCGCUGCUCAACACCAACAACAUCCGGAUGAGCAACCUCCGGAUCAACGCGCCCGGGAACAGCCCCAACACGGACGGGAUCCACAUCGAGCGCUGCAACGGGGUCUUCAUCGCCGACACCAAGAUCAGCACGGGCGACGACUGCAUCUCCAUCGGCCAAGGGAACGACAACGUCGACAUCUCCCGCGUCCACUGCGGCCCCGGACACGGCAUGAGCGUCGGCUCCCUCGGCCGCUACGUCGGCGAAGGCGACGUCACCCGGAUCCACGUCAGGGACAUGACCUUCGACGGCACCAUGAACGGGGUCCGGAUCAAGACCUGGGAGAACUCCCCCACCAAGAGCCUGGCCGCCCACAUGGUGUUCGAGAAUAUGGUCAUGAAGGACGUGCAGAACCCGAUCAUCAUCGACCAGAAGUAUUGCCCCUACUACAACUGCGAGCACAAGUAUGUGUCCGGGGUCACCAUCAAGGACAUCCAGUUCAAGAACAUCAAGGGCACGGCGUCGCUGCCCGUCGCCGUCAUGCUCCGGUGCGGCGUGCCAUGCCAGGGCGUCGUGCUGCAGGACGUCGACCUCAAGUUCAAGGGCCAGGGAGGGGCGUCCUCAAAGUGCGAGAACGCCAAGGCCAAGUACAUCGGCUACCAGCACCCGAAGCCAUGCCCCUAGCUACCAAGCCGGUUUUUUUUUUUUUAAAGGAGUUUCAGUGGUUUGGUAGCUAGGAGCUCCGAUGAGUGGUGGUGGUAUGACCUUUAAUUUGAUUUUUUUUUUCUCAAGUUUCCUAGACGAUUUUGAUGUUUUUCUUGUUGCUUAGCAGACUUUUUGUGUGGUGCGUGCGUGUGUGUCAUAAGGGAGCUGGCAAUUGCUGGCAUAUCUAGUUCUUCUAAUCACCCAACUUGUGAAUACUUGAUGCUGUUGUUUACACUAGUAAUUGAAGUGAAAUAGUCCUAUAUACUUGAAUACUAAUAAAUAAUGAAAUUUUUUGCAAGGUCAA